CAACCCAUGAAACAUACAUAACAAACAAACAAACAAACAAAACAAGAACGCUAAACAUACCUGAAAAGCAGUCACACCAUGUUCACAAAGCUACAACGGCCUUUACUUACAUGCCAUACACGCUUCCUACUCUUCCUCUGCUGUACUUUGAUGGUGGUUCUCUCAUCAUCGGCAAUGACUGUUGAGGAAAUAGCAAGAAAACUGGAGCAAAAGGACAACUACCUUCUCUCAACAGAGAACAAAUUCAAAGCCUUCAUGGAGAACUACAGCAAGAACUACACCACCAGAGAGGAGUAUCUCCGUCGCCUUGGAAUCUUUGCCGACAACAUCGUCACGGCCUUAAGACACCAAGUGCUUGAUCCCUCAGCCGCUCAUGGUGUCACGCAGUUCUCAGAUCUCACACAAACGGAAUUCUUGAGGUUGUACACUCACGGUUUGGUGUCUGAGCGCGAGAACGAAAAUAAAUUUACUGCCGAUAGAAUGGCGCCACCCUUGAAGGUGGAAGGGUUACCGGAAAAUUUCGAUUGGAGAGAGAAAGGAGCGGUUACUGAAGUUAAGACUCAGGGUAUGUGUGGAGCUUGUUGGGCUUUCAGCACUACAGGAACUCUUGAAGGAGCUCAUUUUAUUGCAACGGGCAAGCUUCUUAAUCUUAGUGAACAACAGCUCAUAGACUGUGACAAUAAAUGUGACAUAACAGAUAAGACAGCAUGCGACAAUGGUUGUCAGGGUGGUCUUAUGACAAAUGCCUAUAACUAUUUGAUGGAAGCUGGCGGUGUGGAAGAGGAAGCAACAUAUCCCUACACUCAAAACAGAGGUGAAUGUAAAUUUGACAAAAACAAAAUAGUAGUUAGAGUAUCAAAUUUCACCAAUAUCCCUGCGGAUGACGACCAAAUUGCUGCAUAUUUAGUCAAACAAGGCCCUCUUGCUAUUGGAAUGAAUGCAGUUUACAUGCAAACCUACAUAGGGGGUGUGUCAUGCCCUUUUAUAUGUGGAAAGAAGCCCAACCAUGGUGGGUUACUAGUUGGCUAUGGUACAAAAGGCUUCUCCAUCCUUAGACUUGGGAACAAACCUUACUGGAUAAUCAAGAAUUCAUGGGGGAAGCGUUGGGGGGAACAUGGGUAUUUCAAGAUUUGCAGAGGAUAUAACAUGUGUGGAGUGAACACGUUGGUUUCUACUGCAAUGGUGUCCCAUUAGAUACAACACACAAACACUCAUGCUAAUGAUGUACUUUGCUAUAAGUGUGUUAUAUAUAAGUUUGAAUGCUUAAUAUAAUAAUGAUAGCCAAGUCCAAAACAUGCAUUAGGUCGUCCAAUCCUUUCUAUAGAUAGUAUAUACUAGUAGGAUCGGAUACUAUGUUACUAUUUUGUACCAAUUACCAAAAGAUUAUUUCACCUAAAAGAUCUUUGGUACAAUAUAUUAGCUUUAUAAGGUAGGUAGUUUGCAUGUCUUGUAGUCUGCUUGAAUUUCGUUGGUUUGGGUCUUGUUUAUCUACUAGAAAUAAUUAAGAUUUCCAUAUAAAUGAUAGUAAGUGUGACCAAGAUGUAUGAUGUAUAUGAUGCAUCACGUGUGUAUUUUAUAUAUAAUAAGAUCUUUUGAAGA